AUGUGGAAGAUUAUGAUGGUGGCGGCGAUCGCGGCGGGGGUCCAAUUCGGGUGGGCUCUUCAGCUUUCACUUCUAACGCCUUACGUGCAAUUGCUGGGAAUUCCGCACAAAUUCGCGUCGUUUAUUUGGCUGUGCGGCCCAAUCUCCGGCAUGAUUGUUCAGCCACUGGUGGGGUAUUACAGCGAUAACUCUACUUGUCGGUUUGGUCGCCGUCGGCCGUUCAUUGUCGCCGGUGCAAUCCUAGUUAUCAUCGCCGUUUUCCUAAUUGGCUUUGCCGCGGAUAUAGGGCACGCUGCUGGAGAUCAAAUUGGGAAGGCUUCCAAGCCCCGCGCUAUCAUUAUUUUCGUCGUCGGCUUUUGGGUCCUUGACGUCGCCAACAAUACGUUGCAGGGCCCAUGCAGAGCGUUCUUGGCUGAUCUCUCGGGUGGGAGCGCGAGCAAAAUGAGAAGUGCGAACGCCUUCUUCUCCUUCUUCAUGGCCGUCGGAAACGUUCUGGGCUACUCCGCCGGCUCCUACGCCGACCUAUACAAACACUUCUCCUUCUCCAAGACUCCAGUCUGCGACAUCUACUGCGCCAACCUAAAGUCCUGUUUCAUCAUCUCCGCAAUCAUCCUCCUCUCCGUGACAACUCUAGCCUUAUCCCUCGUCGGCGAAACUCCGGCGCCGGCAGAGAAGAAUCCGGCGGGGGCGGAAGCGCCGGCGGCGGCCUGCGGGCAACUCUUGAGCGCCCUGAGGGAGUUCAAGAGGCCGAUGUGGAUUCUCCUGGCGGUCACCUUCGUCAACUGGCUCGCGUGGUUCCCUUUCAAUCUGUACAAUACUGAUUGGAUGGCUAAGGAGGUGUACGGCGGGAAGGUCGGCGAUGGGGACUUGUAUGACCACGGGGUUCAGGCCGGCGCUAGGGGGCUGUUGUUUCAGUCGGUUGCUUUGGGGGCGGUGUCGUUAUUGAUGGAGUAUUUUGGGCGGCGCCUUGUUGGGGCCAAGGUGAUUUGGGGCGGGGUUAACUUUAUCCUCGCCGCCGGGUUGGCCUUCACCGUUUUGGUGACGAAGAUUGCGGCCAAAACGCGGCAGUACGACGUGCACGGCAAUGCGCUGCCGCCGAACGCCGGCGUCAGAGCCGGAGCUUUGAUGCUCUUUUGUGUUCUCGGAAUUCCUCUUGCGCAUUCCCUUCGCUCUCGCAUCCAUCUUCUCCAGUACUUAUGGUGCAGGCCAAGGUUUGUCCUUAGGAGUUCUCAACAUUUCAAUUUGCAUACCUCAGAUGAUUUUGUCUUUUGGUGGGGGACCUCUUGAUGCAUUGUUUGGAGGUGGUAAUUUGCCAGCAUUUGUUUUUGGAGCAAUAGCAGCAGCAAUAAGUGGAGUUAUGGCUAUCACAGUACUUCCAUCUCCUCCACCUGAU